CUGUGCUGUGCUUGUCAAGUAGUGGUGGUUAUGUGAUGGUGGAUGGGAAGAUAUUUUAUUUGUAUACUUUGCUCAGCUACAAGUUUUUGCGUUUCUUGUUGUAAUACAGUGAUUUUGUUGAAUAAGAGUUUAUAUUCAGUGCGUACGUGUGAAAUGAAAUAUAUAUAAUACAGUGUUUUAUAAAUUGAAUGACUUAAGUCUGUGAUAAAGUAUGAUUCUAUGAAGGAUUCACUAGGACUACUCAAACAGGAUAAUUUGACAUUCAUGGUGAGCGUGUCGUAGUGAAGGCGACGGCAUGUGGCGCGGCGCGCGGGUGCUGGUACUCGCGGCGCUGAGCCUAUUGGCCGAGCCUUCGCUCGCCGCCAAAAAGUUUAACCUCACCAUCGGCUACCUGCCCUGCAUCACCGGCGACCUGCGAGACCGACAGGGCUUGACCAUUUCUGGAGCACUCUCCAUUGCCCUCGAAGAGCUGAACAACAAUACAUCAUUGCUCCCUGACGUGGAGUUGCUGCUAGAAUGGCACGACACUAAGUUUGACACGGUGACGGCGACGCGGCUGAUCACCGACAUGAGCUGCGCGGGCGUCGUCGCCUUCUUUGGGCCCGAGGGUCGCUGCCACACUGAAGCGAUCGUCGCACAGUCCAGGAACUUACCCAUGAUCUCCUAUAGAUGUUCAGAUUAUCAAACUUCGACGCUGUCGAACUUUGCGAGGUUGGAGCCGCCUGGUGCUCAGGCAACCAAAUCCGUAAUAUCUCUUCUACGUUACUACAGAUGGAACAAGUUCUCCAUUCUGUAUGAGGAGUCAUGGGUGACGGUGGCAUUGACAUUAGAGAACCACGCGAAGAAAAACAAUAUGACGGUGAAUCACCAACGAGCCGUCAUCGACGGGUACAAGUGCUGCGAGGAUAAGAUGACCUGUUGUGCACCAGGGUUCUGGUAUCAGUUCAUACAGGACACCAAGAAUAAGACGCGAAUAUACGUGUUCUUGGGUUCAACUUCUGGCCUUAUUGAAAUGAUGACUGCCAUGGAAUCACUGCAUCUAUUCUCUAAGGGCGAGUACAUGGUCAUAUUUGUGGAUAUGAUGACAUAUUCACCCAAAGAAGCGUUGAAAUACCUUAUAAAAACUGAAGACCGAGUAUCAACGAAGCUGAUAUGUCCGAACACGAUAGAUUUCAAGAAGCGAGCUCAGUCUCUUCUUGUCGUGGUCUCAUCGGAACCGUCCAGCGAUUAUGAAGAGUUUACCAAUAAAGUUCGGAAGUACAACACACUCGCACCUUUCACGUUUAAAGAAUCUGUAUUCGUGAAUCAGUUUUUUAGUAAGUUUGUUUCCAUCUACGCCGCAUACUUAUACGAUUCGGUGAAACUGUACGCAAGAGCUUUGGAUCAAAUCAUAAAGGAAGAGACUCGUAAUGAACCGUUGACCGAAGCAAAACUGCGUAGUAUAGCAACGAACGGGACGCGUAUCGUCGCUAAGAUGAUACAAAGUUCACCCUAUAAAAGUAUAACUGGCAUGUCCAUUCGUUUGGACGAGCGAGCGGACUCCGAGGGUAACUUCUCCGUGCUGGCGUUCAAGCCGACCAAGUAUCAAGAUGGUGACGUCAACUGCUCAUAUAGUAUGAUCCCCGUCGGACACUUCCAGCACCAGAAUAAACGGGAGUUUCCAGAAUACAAACUAAACCCUCGUUUGCCGAUCGACUGGCCUGAUAGCGUCAAACCCGAAGACGAGCCGUCCUGUGGCUUUUUAAACGAGAAAUGUCCCAAAGACGACUCGCAAAUAACUUCCUUAGUGGUAGCGGGCACAUUAGCAGUCACCCUGUUCUGUGCGCUGGUCGUCACUAUCAGCAUAUACCGCAAGUGGAAGAUCGAACAAGAGAUCGAGGGUCUACUCUGGAAGAUAGACCCACAAGAAAUUGCUGGAUACCUGGGCAGUGGUCUCGUGUGGUCGCCUAGUAAGCUGAGCUUAGCGAGCGGUAUAUCGUGCGAGAGCAAAUGUUGCACGCAAAUAUUCACGACGACGGCGCAGUUUAAAGGAAAUGUUGUCAGAAUCAAAGAGCUAAAGUUCUCAAAGAAAAAAGACAUUCCACGUGAGAUAAUGAAGGAGAUGCGUCUGUUGCGCGAGUUGCGUCAUGACAACCUGAACUCGUUCAUCGGUGCCGUGGUGGAGCCACUUCGCGUCCUCAUACUCACCGACUACUGCGCCAAAGGGAGCUUGUAUGAUAUAAUCGAAAAUGAAGAUAUAAAAUUGGACAAAAUGUUUAUAUCUUCGCUAAUUCAUGAUCUCAUAAAGGGUAUGAUGUUUAUUCAUACUUCGCCAUUAAUUUUUCAUGGGAAUCUCAAAUCCUCGAAUUGUGUUGUUACGUCUAGAUGGAUGCUACAGGUUGCUGAUUUUGGUUUACACGAGCUGAGAGCUUGUGCUGAAAACGAAUUUAUUGGCGAACACCAAUAUUAUAGAGGUUUAUUAUGGAAGGCACCAGAACUACUAAGGGAGAUGGAUAACCCUAAUGGUACGGUCGGUGGAACGCAGAAGGGGGAUGUCUAUGCAUUUGGUAUAAUUCUAUACGAAAUCAUAGCUAGGAGAGGUCCUUUUGGCCUGACGGGGACAGAACCGAAGGACAUAAUUGAGCGCUUGAAGAGACCAAAGUUGGAUGGUGAAGAGGUGUUUCGACCAAACACAGACGCCCUGGAUCCUCCUCCUGAAGAUUAUGUGGUGGCGUGUAUGAAAGACUGCUGGGCCGAAGACCCCAACCUGAGACCCGAUUUCCCUACUAUUAGAAGUCGUCUCAAGAAAAUGAAAUCUGGAAAAUCAAGAAAUAUAAUGGACCAAAUGAUGGAUAUGAUGGAGAAAUAUGCUAAUAAUUUAGAAGAACUAGUCACCGAGAGAACGAGGCUAUUGAUGGAAGAGAAGCAGAAAACCGAAGACUUAUUACAUAGGAUGCUCCCAAAGUCGGUGGCGCAUCGCCUCACCACGGGCGAGGGCGUGGAGCCGGAGUCCUUCGACUCUGUCACCAUCUACUUCAGUGACAUAGUCGGCUUCACCGCCAUGUCGGCAGAGAGCACUCCGCUCCAAGUCGUCAACUUUCUCAACGACCUGUACACGGUGUUUGAUAGGAUAAUUAGAGGCUACGAUGUUUACAAAGUCGAGACUAUAGGAGACGCGUACAUGGUGGUAUCUGGUCUUCCCAUAAGAAAUAACGACAGACAUGUUGGUGAGAUCGCUUCUAUGGCGCUGGAAUUAUUGAACGCGGUUAAAAGUCACAAAAUAUCUCAUAGACCAAAUGAAACACUCAAGCUUAGGAUAGGAAUACAUACUGGCGCCGUAGUAGCGGGUGUGGUGGGCCUGACGAUGCCCCGCUACUGUCUGUUCGGAGACACCGUGAACACUGCGUCGCGCAUGGAGUCCAACGGCGAGCCGCUCAAGAUACACAUAUCCCCGAGCUGCAAGCAAGCACUCGACAAGAUCGGCGGCUACAUCGUCGAGCCUAGGGGCACUAUACCAAUCAAGGGCAAAGGGCAGCUUCAGACAUAUUGGUUGGUCAGUGCCACAGAAAAAGCCGUACAAAAGAGACCUGUCGAGGGCGAGGAGCGGCCACUAUUCCGUCGACCUAGACGAAGUCCUAGACUGGCGGAUUCCAGACAUCCUUCACUUUCAGGGGGAGGCGGGGGCAGUACUAUACGACAGCGCAUGUCGAGCGGGCCGAAGGAGGGUGACGUGAUCCGCGGGUCGCGCUGCUCCCUGCCCGCGCCGCUGUGCUCGUCGCCCAGCAGCCAGCGCCGCGCGCGCCCCGAGCGCCCCGACAACAACGCGCCGCGGCCCAGGCACGCGCUGAGCUCGAUCGCGUCGUCCACGGCGUGCCUGGGCGCGGCGGACGAGGCGGAAGCGUCGCGCUGGCACUCGCUGGACGUGCUGCCGCGCCGCGACGCGCGCCUGCGCCGCCAGCACACGGCGCGCUCGCUGGACCACGAGGUGGGCGUGGCCACCGUCUGCGGGGACCCCGUCUUCAACGGCACCAUCAUCGGCAUCGUCACGGACGAGGCGCCGCGCGACGAGGACAGUCCCCUCCUCCGCAAGACCAGUCUGUCCACUAAGCUGGAGCGACCGCGUAGGAAGGCCACGUCUAACGAGGCCAGCUACAUCGAGUUCUACAAGCGCUGGCGCUCCCUGGAGAACGUGGAGCCCACCAAGGCGGCAGAGCGCAAGGCGCCGCGGUUCGCCAUCCCGUCCUGGCUGCUGGGCUUCUUCAGUACCGCGCGCACUCCCAGCGCCGACCUGCGCCGCGCCAAGCCACUGCUAGAUACAGAAUCCGCCGUCUGAGCGGACUGGAUCGACGCCGGCGCCGUGUAUGUAUAUCGAGAUGUUGUAAAUAAUAUGUGUAAGUAAAACGAUGUUACC